CAAAGUAUUGAGAAACAUCAGGACGUGGACUAGAAGGACCCAGCCUCAAGAUGCCAACCAGAGCCAAUGCAGCAGUAAUCCUGACUCAAAACAGCAAACAAGGAAAGAAGGUCAAAUCCAACAAGAAUGACAAAACAAAUCAAGAGAAAGUUCCGGUUUACGUGCCAAACAUCCCAGAGCCAACAUGCCGAGCUGAGCUCAUCAACUAUUGGAUGAAUCUGUCUUUGGAUGACAAGACUGCCAACAAGAUGUUGUGGAUCUCUGACAGCGGCUCUAAGGUGUGCCGUAGGACUGAGGAGAUUUGCCCCGUCCUGGAUAGACCAGAAAGAUACGAGUAUUCGCCACAGGUGGUUUGUAAAGAGGCUAUCUGGAACAUGAGGGCCUACUGGGAGGUGGAGUACACAGGCUGGGUGGUAAUCGGAGCUACCUUCGAAGGUGCAGGACGGAGGGCAAACUCUGGCCCGAGCGGUCUCGGAGAAAACGAGGAUUCCUGGGGUCUGUGCUGGGCAGGAACACGUUACCAGAUCUGGUUCAAUGGCAUUUGUAAAGACAUACUUAAUGUCCCGUUUUGCUCCACUAUUGGAGUUUACAUCGACCAGCCAGCAGGGAUCAUUAGCUUUUAUAUUGUAACUGGGGAGGGAGCAGAGAGGGAGGUCAAGCUGCUGCACAGAGUCAAGGCUAGCAAUGAUAAAAAGAUUCUUCCUGGUUUCUGGAUGGGGGUUCAGUCUUCAUGCACAAUACUGAAGAAACCAGAGUGAAAUGCUAAUGGAGAAAUCAAUCAAUUCUAUGCUGAUGACCUAAGAGUCUUUAGAACUAAAUGUUUCAAUGUGGCUAGUUUUUACACUUACAAUCACUAUGAUGUUAAAAAUUACUGAAUAUGAUUUAGUUCGUUCUGUUUGAUGAAUUUUCUAAGAUGUAAAGUUUAUUUUCUUUAUUGUGAGGAAUAUUUUUUUAAUCUUUAUGUUCUUUUUAGUCUGAUUUGAUUGUCUUGUGUCCUGUAAGCAUGUUUCUGUAUCAUCAGAUUGGAUAUUUAUGAACUAACUCUGGUAUUUAUGACUGUUUUCUGUCUUGUGACUUCAUAAAAACUGAA